AGGCGUUGAGUCCAUCUGAUGCAGUGAGAAAAAUUUGAACGGUUUUACCUUCAUAGGUAUUUGGGUUGUGUGUUUUAUGUAAGGACGUUUUGGACAUUUGCUAGGAGUCUAUAUAUAUUGUGGAUAGGCUGUUGGGGCAGCCAUCUCUUGGUGGAGGUCCCUCUUAUUUGUUUGUGAGAGAGAUUUUAUUAGGGUUAGAGAGGGAGAGAGGAGAGGCGCUUUGUUUGAGCUUUUUGCCAUCCAAGCUUUGAAUGAUGCUAGGAGUGGCUUGUAACCUAGCAUCUUGAGAUUGGCCGGCAGGGUGCCUGAUUUUCUUUCAUUCCAUCACUACGGGCAGAUAUAUAUUGUUGGUCCUGAUGAUGCCAGGUAUAAUUAAUAUGGUUUUCCUCUCGAUCUGCUAGCUUAGUCAUCUACCCACAGCACAAUACAAUGGCGCUCAGCGAGGAGAGCAAGGACGUGCUCCAAGCCCAGGUCGAGCUCUGGAACCAGAGCUUCAGCUUCAUGAAGUCGGUGGCGCUUGCAGUUGCCUUGGACCUCCGCAUCGCCGACACCAUCCGCCACCACGGCGGCGCCGCCACCCUUCCGCAGAUACUCUCUGGGAUUGGCAUCAACCCGUGUAAGGUUGCUGGCCUCCGUCGCCUCAUGCGCGCUCUCACCGUUGCGGGAACAUUUGCCAUCCAGCCACCGGAAACCUCGUCAGGCGGGCACGACGAGCCUCUCUACAAGCUGACGACAGUGUCCUGCCUCCUCACGAACGACGGCGACGGCGAGAGCACGGCGAGCUGCUUGUUCCCUAUGUGGAACCACGUGCUCAACCCUUUCCAUGACUCGGUGCUCAGCAUGGGCCUCGCCGCGUGGUUCCGGCACGAGGAGCCCGGCAAGUGCCCGUACGCCCUGAUGCGCGGCGCGACCGUGUGGGAGAUGUGCGAGAGCAGCGACGCGCUGAACGCGUCCAUCAACAACGCCAUGGCCGCGGACAGCCGCUUCCUGAUGCGGAUCGUCGUGGAGGAGUGCGGCGGGAUCUUCCGCGGGAUAGACUCGCUGGUCGACGUCGCCGGCGGGGUCGGCGGAGCCGCCGCUGCCAUCGCCGCCGCGUUUCCGUAUUUGAAGUGCAGCGUGCUGGAUCUACCCCACGUUGUCGCCAAGGCUCCGUCUGUUAGCAACGUGCAGUUUGUCGCGGGAGACAUGUUUGAAAGCAUUCCACCUGCUAAUGCUAUCUUCCUAAAGUAUGUCCUGCAUGACUGGGGCGAUGACAAGUGCAUCAAGUUACUGAAAAAUUGCAAGCAAGCUAUCCCUUCAAGAGAUGCAGGCGGAAAGGUAAUAAUAAUAGAUAUGGUAGUUGGAUAUAGGCCAUCAGACGUUAAGCUUCUAGAGACGCAAGUUUUGUGUGAUCUGGAUAUCAUGAAAAUCGGUGGAGUUGAACGAGAGGAGCAUGAGUGGAAGAAGAUAUUCCUUGCAGCUGGAUUCAAGGACUACAAUAUCAUGCCACUUGGUCUCCGGUCGCUUAUCGAGCUCUAUCCAUGAAUGCUCACUCAACAAGUCUGCUAGAUAAAUAAAAGCAUAUGGCAUGUGAGCGUACCAGUGACUUUCUGCCGUUGGACUACUAUAGAUGCAGUUUCAGAUUUCAAAUCCAGUCACUUUGAAUCUAUUCAAACAAAUUGUGACCUGCCCUGCAAAGGAGCAUGAUUGAUCUUUGGAGUCACUAUUGAGUAAUAGAGAUUUAAAUUUAUUUUG